AUGGCGCUGCCCUCGCUGGAGGACCCCUUCCUCUGGGACUUGGACAGGGUCUGCAGGGAGCUCUGCUGUGAUGGCGCCGAGUGGACUAGUGAUGUAUCGGCUUUUGAGUCACGUCUGCGCGAAAAUCUCAUGGAUGGCGAAACUCUAUUGACCUACGAACUCAUUUUCUCGAGGAAGGAGCUCACGGAAUGCCUGGGAGUUACAGCUGCCCGCCAUCGAACCAAAUUCUUCAGGAAGAUUAUGAACCUCCAAAAGCAAAGCCCGAGAUUCCGUGCAGAAAAGCGCGCGAUUGACAACGACGGUGUUCGUGAGACUUCUCCGCCUCCUCAAACAGCCACAGUUCCCAUCGCAUCACCACCACGACCCACGCCUACGAUCACUCCUCCCACUAUUGCCCAGACAAAUGCUGUUGAGACUGCCCAUUCCAAACCGUCAGACGAGCAGCCAUCAACACGCCGUCGCUUGGUUCCUACUUUUGUGACAGACAUACAACCCGGCACUGUAAUGCCACGCAUGCCAGGUUUUGAGGAGCUUGAGCCAGAGCCUAUCCAACGGCCAUAUGCCGCUAGUGCUGCUUCGUCGAUGGAGGAUCUGCCUACCGCUUAUCUGGGACAAAAGGCGGUAGCUGCAGAAAGCAUUGUUCCUCUGGAGGUGAACUACGAUUCCGACAGUGGCCCGGAUACAUUCUGUUCUGUGAAAGUGUCAUCACAGCCGCGCGGGAAGACGCGGGCAAUCUACUCCAUAGUCAAGAAGUUUCUUCUCAAAAACGACAGAAAAGUUACCAAGCUCCAGUCGGGAACCAAGACCGUUGCUUCCUCCUCCUCCGGCCGCGACGUGGUCGAUUUCGACGACUUAGCAUCGCUAGACGAGGAAACUCUUCGUGAAAUGGCGGACGAAGAAGACGAGAAUAAACAGACUAGCUCUGCUUUACUGAGCUCAGAACGAGUGGAAACGAUCAUCAAUGAGGAAAUCACAAAAUUUAAAACUAGGUGGGAAGAGAAGAAGCUCGAUAAGCUGGAGAGAAAGGCGCAUCGUCUAUGGACGCAAGCCAGCAAACACGGCCAGCUACGAAAACAGGCCUUUGAAACGUGGCGCCAGGCAGGUCAUUAUCGCAAUCGCCUGAGUGCAUUAACUCGCGAUUUAAGAGUUAUGCAGUGGAAGCUUGAGGAAGAGCUGCGUUUUUCAGUGCAGAUUGUCGAGCAAACGGUGGAAGAUAAGCUGCAUCAGGAGUGGCUCACGACCUUGUUCUCCUUGCGGAGUGCGCCACCGAAACCUUCACCUAUUUCAACGCAGCAACGAACCUCUCAACGCAAAAGGUCUUCCAUUCACAACGACGAGCUUUCCUCCAGCUCUGAAGAAGAAUCAUUAGAGGGUUUCAUUGUUGCCGACGAGCCCGAUUUCGCACCUGCGAGUUCUGCGCCAUCUCCUAGCGCUCUCUCGCCAACUCUCCCACACAGCCCUCUGUCUUCCACCUACAUGCCUACAAAUAGUCGGCAGAAUUCAGUCAUCGAUUUGACAAUGACUUCUGAUGUCGAAGUAGAAGGCGCAGAAGAGAGCAUUGUGCCUCACUCGCUGAAUCCUUUCACACAGGAGGGGCUGGCAGAAGCCGGUGGCAAAGCUCCGAAAGUCUGGGCAAAACAAAAUGAUCGCUUUCGCCUGGCAAUCUCCAUGCUGUGGAAAAUGGGCUUCGAGAGACGCGACGCCGUGUUUCAGAUUCUUGCUGGAUCAACCAUUUCUGACAUUUGGCUGGAUUUGAUCAGCCAAGCUCAUGACAGGCUUCUCGACGAUAGCCACAGACUCAUUGAUGCAGCUUCCGAUCUGAUGCGCAUCUACUGGAGCUUCGUGAGAUGCAAGUAUUUUACAGAGCAGAAGUGUUUGAAAUUGAGCCAGAAGGACCUCGACAAGUUCGAGGACUCGGAGAAAUUAUUUCCUCCAUUUUGCGGUUUUCUUGCCGAGAUUAAAGACGCGUUUCCUCAGCGCAACCAGAUCGCCCAUCUUGGCGACGACGACGACGACGACGACGAGCUCGUUGAGCUAGACGAGCUGCCAGAUGAUGCCGGCUCCCGGUCGGCUACGGCUAAGAAGAGCAAAAAGAAGGAAAUAGUCCUCGAUAAGAGCGGUGUCGAACUCCGCGAGCGUGCGGCUCGCGACAUGAAAGAACAAGAGAAGCGGCGAAAUGAGUUGAGAGCGGCCAUGCGAUACACCAACACAUACGAUAGCGCUUCCGCCCGUUCGCCACGAUUUAUAAUCAACGAAUCCAAAGCGAACGAUCAGGGGUUCAUUUAUAUCCACCCGGAGAUUUCUUCCCGCAUCAAAGAGCAUCAGAUUGAAGGUGUUCGAUUCCUUUGGAACCACAUUGUGCGCGACUCUAGUGAGCGCCAGGGCUGCUUACUAGCCCACACCAUGGGCUUAGGCAAGACAAUGCAAACCAUCACAUUUCUAGUUGCAUUGCGAGAGUCUGCACUAUCGGAUGACCUCACAGUGCGUGAUCAGAUUCCCCAAGAUUUGCGCGAUUGGAAAGUCUUGGUCCUUUGUCCCUCGGGUCUGGUCGAGAAUUGGAAAGAUGAGUUUCUUAUAUGGGCUCCUAAACAUCUAAUGGAGGCGAUAUUUACUGUUGAGGCAGUGCACUCACCUCUUCAAAGAGUCGAGAACGCCAAGGAAUGGGCCGUUCGGGGAGGCAUACUGAUCAUUGGAUACAACAUGUUCAAGUCUGAGUUUCGAAAGGGUAAUGAGAAGACGGUUACUGUUGAUCGCAUCCUCGUCGAAAAUGCAAGGGUAGUCAUCGCAGAUGAGGCUCACAGCCUCAAGAACCCGAAGACAAAAAUCACACAAGUCGCUUCAGACUUGAAGACAAGCACAAGAAUCGCCUUAACUGGCUCACCGCUGGCCAACAAUGUCGAAGAGUAUUACGCAAUGAUCAAUUGGGUUGCUCCGAAUUUCUUGGGUCCACUGCAGGAGUUUCGCGACAUGUACGCCACGCCUAUUCACCAGGGCCUGUACAAUGACUCAACUCCCUACGAAAAGAGAAAGGCCAUCAAGUUACUUCAGGUCCUCAAGACAACUGCGGCCCCAAAAGUCCACCGCGCGACCAUGAAGUCGUGUUUAAAGGACGAGCUUCCGCCAAAGGAAGAAUUUGUCAUUUCGGUCCCGCCGACUGAAAUACAGCGCAAGCUGUAUGACCUGUACAUGCAGGCUACUCAUAACAGCGGGGACAAAGUUGAACAAGCUACCUUGUUCGGCGUUUUAAACCAUUUGGCGCUAAUUUGCGCUCAUCCAGCCGUGUAUCGCAAGCAUGUCAUCGAGCUCAGAAGGAAGGGCGAAAUGGGAAAAGAUGUGGCAAGAUUCCCCAUGGAUACGAUACCUCAGAUCAUGAAUAUGACCAGCGACCCAGGUCUGGGUCGUGUCGAGCUUUCGUACAAGGUUGAGCUCCUGAAUAAAAUUCUAGACCAAUCAAGUCGGAUGGGCGAUAAGGUUUUGGUUUUCAGUCAGUCAAUUCCGACGCUCGAUUACCUGGCCAAACUGUUUGGAAGCCAGAAACGACGCUUUUGUCGCCUUGAUGGUUCAACUCAGAUAUCAAAGCGACAAGACAUGGUCAAGAGUUUCAACAAGGGCUCUGAGGAAGUCUAUCUGAUUUCCACCAAUGCGGGUGGUGUUGGUUUGAACAUCUUUGGCGCAAACAGAGUUGUCAUCUUUGACUUUAAGUAUAACCCCGUUUCUGAUCAGCAAGCCAUUGGUCGAGCCUACCGCAUUGGUCAAACAAAGCCUGUUUUCGUGUAUCGUUUCGUUGUCGCUGGUUCUUUCGAGGAUGAUUUACAGAACAAGGCAGUCUUCAAGAUGCAGUUGGCAUCCCGAGUUGUGGAUCAAAAGAAUCCCAUCAGCUGGUCAAAGCGAAUGUCGAACCUUCUGCACCUCAUUCAAGAUGUCGACGCCACAGAGUCCCGUUUUGACUUCAAGGGGAAAGAUGCCAUUCUUGACCACCUCUUAGAUCACGACGAGGGCCGGGCUAUCCUUUCGAUCAUGUCUUCUGAUGCAUUUGAAGAAGAAGACGAGACGGCAACGCUGACAGCUGAGGAGCGGCAGGAAGCAGACAGCAUGGUUGAAAGGCACAGGCUAAGGAUGACGGACCCGGACAAGUACGUGCGAAUGACGGAGGCAGAGCGGGUUGUGAGCAACCAAAGACCUACAUCGCACAUUGCAUCGAGCAAGCCGAACAAGGACUGGUUUCCGGAGCGGCCGGACCAUGCUUUCGAGGCGACUAGUCAUUACGGCUAUAUUGCUCCUCCAGCUGCGACAGUUUCAUCGGGACCCAUGCCUAUCCUGGGAGCUAAUACUUACUACGGCAACAGCGGCAGUUCCCAGGUCAUGACGCCCAACUCCCCGAUGCUACAAAGUAAUACCGCACCUGUGUUUAGUGAGGUAUCGUGUAGCGAGGCGCGCGAUCAGUUUCAAGAGAAGCUGGCUUUUGCGCUUCGGGCACUCGAGUCGCACCAUAAUUUGCGGUUUGGCGCAGAUUCGAAAUCGGUGUGUAUUACCGACGAAAUUGAAGCCGAGCGACUCAGUCAGAAUAAAGGAGUGGCAGCAGAUACACUUUGGUGGAACAGUCUGACUAGAAAGCUCGGCAACAAGAAGAAUCUUCUGGCGAUAGCAUCGGGACAGGUUUCGGCAAAGUUCAUGGGUAAAAGUCCCGAGAGCGAGAUGCAGAGCCGAUUUCGAAGCCUGGAGGUUAUGUCGGACGAUUUUUUCUUAAGCAACAUUCAGAUGGGGGGCAAACCGAAAGACCCCGAGGCAAGGGAGGACGCGCGGGUGAUGCGGCGGGCAGCAGAGAUUCGAGGCGGCGUGCGAACCGACGACAGACGAGACGAAGGAGGGCCAGACCUUCCAUCGUGGGCGAGCAGAGUUUUGGGCGGUACGGGCGGCCAAGGACGACUGGCAGAGAGCUUGCUAAGCAGACGAGUGCAAGGAUGA